AUGGGCAGCGAAUGGGGCUUCAAUGGAGAUGAGAUUAGUCUUCGAUGGAACGCUUUCAAGAAUUGCUUUGACUUCUCUGUUCUUCUAGUCCAGAUGGAUGCAGGUGAGUAUCAGUGGGGAGAAUAUCUGCCAUCAAGCAAGAGCUUAGAGUUUCUGGAUGAAAUACCAGCAACUCAGAAUAUUGCUCCUGGGAAGGUGCCACCUGUGGCUAUCAUCAUCUCUCAUCAGAAUCUUAGAGGUGAUGUAAGUUCAAUUUCCAGACUCAAAGCUUUGAAGUGGCUUGACCUUUCAAAUACUGAUUUUCAUGGACUGAUUCCUCCUACUUUUGGAAAUUUAUUUUAUCUCGAAUAUCUAGACUUGUCUUCAAACAAGUUUGAAGGUUCAAUUCCUCCCAAAUUGGGUGCUCUAAGGAGCCUCAAAACAUUGAACCUUUCCAAUAACUUGCUGGUGGGAGAGAUACCAAAGGAACUUCAGGGCCUUGAGAGUUUACAGGAUUUUCAAAUAUUCAACAAUCACUUGAGCGGUUUGAUACCAUCUUGGGUAGGGAAUUGGACCAAUCUGAGAGUUUUUGCUGCUUAUGAGAAUAAUUUCGAUGGAAGGGUUCCAAGUAAACUUGGAUUUAUUUAUGAGCUUAAAACACUUAACUUGCAUUCAAACCACCUUGAAGGCCCUAUACCGGGAAGAAUUUUUACUUCAGGGAAGCUAGAAGUUUUGAUCCUCACUCAGAACAAUUUAAGUUGUGACCUUCCGGUUGAAAUUGGGAAUUGUCAAACCCUUUUCAGUGUUCGAAUUGGCAACAAUAAUCUAGAAGGUAAUAUUCUUUAG